CAAAGCACUUAAUUCUUAAUUGUGUUAAAUAAUUAGUAACGCACUAUUCCUUGCCGCCAGCUGCAAAAAGAAGAAUAUAACCAGCCAAAGCAGGAGCGCCAGCAAACAUUCCAAUGCACUUUCUCCAGCUGGUGCAAAACCAGUCUUGCCGCUUUUGUUGUUGCUGUGUUUUGACAUCUAUGCGAUAUCAAUAGAAAAAGAGAAGAAAAAAAAAACGUACUGUUGUCGUUAGCAGACUACUAAGCACCUGUGUGAGCAACAACAACAUCAACUUUGUUGAUUGCCGUGUUUUGCUCCGUUUUAUUGGCAUGGCCGAGGCGACAAUGGAACAACGACAGCCACAGUCACAUCUUGCCCACUCUUGAGCACGUUUCGCAUCGAAUUCUCUCUCGCGCAACAAAAAUUCUUUAGUUGUUUUUUCUGUUUUUUUUCUUCUUAUUGUAAUUUGCAUAAAGCUGCCAUAUGCAUAACUCAGCGCUGAGCAUGUUUCUCAAAUUGAGUCACAACGCAAUUUUAAGCUAAACGCCACACUUAAAGCAGACACGACAAACACAUUUAUAUAUAUAUAUAUAUCUAUAUAUAUAGACCACUUUAAGAAGAUGUCAAGCAUUGAGGAGAAAGUGCGCUGCAUAUUGAAUGGCUCCGAUCUGGGCGAUAUAACGCAAGAAUUAUGCGACUUCUCGCUUAAAGAGCAAAAUGCCACGGCGGAGGCGCAGGGUGUGCAGCCAUCAACUGCCUCCGAUUUUGUGCCCAAAGUUGGCCAGACGAUCAAUUAUAUUGUGGCCUGUGUGCUGUUCAAUGAGCACGACGAGCUGCUCAUGAUCGAGGAGGCCAAGCCCAGCUGCGCAGGCAAAUGGUAUCUGCCCGCGGGUCGCAUGGAAAAAGGUGAAUCCAUCACGGAGGCGGCCGCACGCGAGCUGUUCGAGGAGACCGGUCUCAAUGCGGAGAUGACAACGUUGCUGGCCGUGGAAUCAGCCGGUGGCUCCUGGUUUCGUUUUGUGCUAACGGGUCGCAUUACGGGCGGCCGUUUAAAAACACCAUCCGAAGCGGAUGCGGAGUCGAUACAGGCGCUCUGGCUGCGCGAUCCCAAAGAGGUGCCGCUGCGUGCCAACGAUAUACUCAACAUUAUCGACAUCGGUCGCGCCCAUCAUCAGCAUGAGAAGCAGACAAAGGCCGACAAGCAAUCGCAGUUGCAGCAGUGGCAUGCGAAUAUUCUGCCCACACGUUAUCCGCACAAGCACAACUAUUUGCGUGUGCUGGCCGUGGCACGGAAGCGUGCCACCAACUCGAUGAACAUACUGAUUAGCGAGAAGAAUGCCCAUCAUUUUCCCACUGUGGAAAUGCAUCCGAAUCGCAGCCUGCACUCAACGUUGCGCAAAUUCAUGAUUGAGAUAUUUGGCGCUGAGCUGCCGCAGCAUCGGCCACAUGGUCUUCUCAGUGUGGAGCAUGCGACAACUGGCGAGGCGGACAGCGAUGGACUCUGUCUGAAUCUAUUGGUUGCGUUCCGGCCACCGCUCGAAGAGAUUUCGCUAAUUGGCAAAUGCAUUUGGCAGGAGCUCAGCGCGCCGCUGGACGAAACGCUGGCCAGAAUUUUGAGCAGCAAACAUGCGUCGAUACCACUGAACGUGAUACGCUAGCUGCUCUAGUUAACUACUUCUAGCCUAAUAUAUAUUUCAAUGGUGCAAGCAUAUAUAUAUACAUAUAUAUAUUUAUUUAUAUAUAUAGAUAUUCCCUAUAAGUAGACAACUUCAAUUGCCACUAAAUCGUGCAAAUCUUUGUGCAUGCAUGUUCAAUUUUAAGAAAGUCUUAUUUCAUUACAAUUAAAUGUCUGUACAAUUUCCGUAA